AUGAAACCGGUGGUAGCGUCGUUGGCGAUUUUGGGCGUCAUCGGUACGAUCGCCGUUUUUCAGGCUGUUCGCGCUCAGGAUAGCCCCGAUUCCCCGGAAGGCCCGGAGAUUCGCGAGGCUAACACCACGUUAAGCCGAACGAAACGACAAUAUGGUUGCCCAACCGGUUGCUACUCGUCGUGCUCGAACAAUCAGCAAUGUGUUCAAUAUCAAGCCAUCUGCAUUUCCGGAUGCUGCUGCGGAUCGUCGACAACAACUCUUGCCACCGCUUGCUCCGGAGGGCCAGCUGUUGCUGCUUGCCUUGGUGGGCUCUGUGGACAGGGAUACUUCUGCUCGUCGAACAAUUAUUGCUGCAGAUGUGCCGCUGGAAACUCGACUGGCCCAUGCGUGAACAAAGUGUGCCCCACCGGCUACUUGUGCAACACGAACGACUACUGUUGCCCAUUGGGAUCGGGUGGAGUGCUUGGUCCAUGCGUGAACGGCGUUUGCCCCACCGGGUACACGUGCGGCGCCGGAAAUUUGUGCUACCUCUCGACGGUCGGAAAGAAA